AUGCUUGGAAGCCUUAACUUCGGUAUAAGUGUAGGUAUUCCAACGCCGCUUGCUACUUUGUUCGAAUCUUGGAACAGAACAGAAAAUGAACUUCAAUGGUAUAACAUAAUUACGUCAUUAUGCGCUAUUUUCAGUCCAUUUUUCGUUACAUAUGUAUUAAACUUUCUUGGAAGAAGAAUCGUUUUUGCAAUUUUACAUAUCUUUGCGGCAGGCAUAUAUGUUCUUUGCCUGUUUAUGACAAAAGACAAAUUCUGGCUUGCAAUAUUCUCGAGAGCUCUCGUUGGAUUGGACAUUGGUGGUUUUACAAGCUUAUGUCCAACAAUGUUAAUCGAAAUUGCACCAUCAAAGCUUGGAGGGUUCUUCGGACACUUACAUCAGAUUGGAUGCGUUAUUGGAAUUACUAUAAUGUACAUGCAAGGAACAUAUGCUCCUUGGAAAACUUUAUUUUACACAGGAAUAGGAUUUUCUGCGCUCGGAACAAUACUAAUUUGUUUUUGCCCUGAAACUUCUCCAAACAGAAGAAAAGCUGAUCCCGAAAGUUUGGCUCGUAAAGAAAAAGAUACAUUAUUCCAAGAAAUGUACUUGGAAAAACUAGUUAUUGGUCUUACAAUGAUGUUUUUCCAGCAGUUCUGUGGAAUCAAUGCAAUUAUAUCAAAUUUAGUGCAAAAUUUCAAAGAUGCGGGUGUUCCUUUGGAAACAGGUAUUGCAUCGACCAUUUCCAUGGCAUGCCAAUUCCUUGGUGUUGUCAUUAACGGAUUUGUAGUUGAUAAACUUGGCAGACGACCACUUUUCUGCAUUUCGUCGUUAGGAUGUGCUAUUAUGCUUUUCCUUUUCUCUAUGAAUACGUCAUAUAAUCUUACAAAUUGGGUUGCAAUUGUGAUAAUUUGUUUUUAUUUGUUCUUCUUUGGUUUGGCUUUAGGACCAAUUCCAUGGUUUAUUGUUCCAGAAUUGUUCCCUGACACUGUCCGAUCAAUGGCUGCUUCAAUGGUCGUCGUUGUCAACCAAUUCUGUUCAUUCAUCAUUGUUUUCAUGUUCCCAUGGAUGAAGAAUGGCAUGGGACAAUCUGCAACAUUAAUCUUUUACGGAGUUAUCAGUGCACUCGGUGCAAUUUUCGGUUUCUUUUACAUCAUUGAGCCAUCGAACACAAAAAUCGGAGCUCUUGAUUGGGAUGAGAAUGAUUUGGAAGAUGACUUUGUCGAAAUUGGCCAAUCUCUCACUAAGUCUGUUUUAAUUUGA